UAUGUGGUGAUAAUAACGGUAAACUGUGAAAGAACAAAUCUCAGGUUAUCAUACAUAAAUACAAUACAUUCCAUUGUUAAACUUAAGAAUUUAGGAAUUUAAACUUAAGAAUUUAGCAUGGUGAACAAUAAAGUUUGUCAGCUGGUUACUCUAAAGAUUUUUUUCUUCUUUUUUCAUUCUUUGUGUCCAGACUGCAAGAAACGGCUUCAAGUUUUCUGAAAUUUCAGUAGCUAUGGUGUUAAGUUUAUGAGACAAGGUUGUUGGCCUGGUGCCCAGUUUUCCCUCUUUCCCGAUACCGCUAUCGGUUAGACUUUAAAUACGUGCUGUCUCAAAAUAUCAACGGUUCUACGAGCAGUGCGAAGUCAGUCGAUCAGAGAAUCAUGUGGAUAUCAAUAGGAUUUGGUCUUUCAAUCGCUAUUCUUAUUAUAAUUAUAUGCUGUCUACUCGUUCUAGUGUGUAAUCUUAGGUCAACACAAACUGAUUCAGAGUCAGAGGAUUUUGAAAAGCCUAUUGGUAAUGGAAGUGGCUGUCUACCUGGCGAUCGUGUUCUGGCUACAUCUGCUCAACGUUAUCAUUUUACGCAUCAAAAACAACAAAUGUUGGCUGAUUCAAAAUUUUCAGACGUUCUUGAAAGAGGCAAUAGUCCCCCUAAAAUGCUGUAUCCCGACUUAAAACUGGAAGGAAAAUUGGAAAUGGAGAAUCCAGGAUUCACUGGACCAUUAAAUAUUAGUAUUGAAAAAGACGAAAAAGCCAAAACCUAGUCUAAAUUGAAGUAACUCUAAGUGUUUACUCCUAUAUUUAUAAUACACAUAAUAUAAUUAUAUGGAUCUGUUGAACAGGAUAUUUUGAAGUCAUAAUUUAAAUUAUUCUCUUUCUUCCACACAAUCCUGUAUCGAUUCGUCAAAACUUAUCCCGGUUCGUGAGCUUAUUGCUGUAUUUUUCUUUUCUGUUUUGUUAUUGUAAUUAGGUUGAUACUAACUAACAUAAGAGAAUAUUCACAUGCAACAAUAUUUACUCUUGUUGAUUUUAUUUUUGUUAUUCAUUGGAUCUGCUGGUUUCUAUUUGUG